AUGUGUGACAUGGGCGGACUGGGCAAUCUUGUGGCUAACACGGCCUACCUGAAAGCACAAAGUCGAGACGACAAGGAGAUGAUGAAACGAAGGCGUAGCCUCAACCUUCCCAAACCAGAGCAGUGUACUGCAGUCCGUGCAAGUAUUCCCAAUGAUUUUGAGCAGAUCUGCGAGAAGCAACCCAUCGGGAAGACUUGCUUUCGACAAUUCCUUUUAACCUCCAGUCCGGAAUACAUUGCUGCUGCUGAGUUCCUUGAUGAGUUGAAUGACUGGAAUUUGGCGGAGGCAGGUGCAAAGGACAAAGCCAGGCAGAAUAUCAUCAACAAAUUCUGCAAAGCCGAUUCCAAGAGUUUCUUGACCUUUCUGACUGGGGAUGUGGCAGAGAAGUGUAAAGCAGUCUCGGAAAAGGACUUUGAAGAGGUGAUGAUGGAACAAGUGAAGGAUGCAACACACGAGUUCCUGAAAGGAAAUCCGUUCACCGAUUAUCAGACAAGCCCGUUUUUUGAUCGAUUUCUGCAAUGGAAGGAAUUUGAGAAGCAGACAAUCUCUGAUAAAUACUUCUAUGAAUUCAGGACUUUGGGGAAAGGAGGAUUUGGAGAGGUGUGUGCUGUUCAGGUGAGAAACACAGGUCAGAUGUACGCCUGCAAGAAACUGGACAAGAAACAUCUGAAGAAGAAAGGAGGGGAGAAGAUGGCUCUGCUGGAGAAACAGAUCUUGGAGAAGGUGAACAGCCUGUUUCUGGUGAACCUGGCCUACGCGUUUCACACAAAGACCCACCUGUGUCUGGUCAUGACUCUGAUGAAUGGAGGGGAUCUGAAGUACCACAUUUACCACAUUGGGGAGCACGGUCUUGAGAUGGAGCGUAUCAUCUACUACACGGCUCAGAUCACCAAUGGGAUCCUGCAUCUACAUGCUAUGGAUAUUGCGUACAGGGACAUGAAGCCAGAGAAUGUGUUGUUGGACAGUCAGGGCCAGUGCAGGCUGUCGGACCUGGGUCUGGCCGUGGAGCUUCCAAACAGGAAAACCAUCUGUCAAAAGGCUGGCACUAAAGGGUACAUGGCACCAGAGAUUCUGAAGCAGGAACCGUAUCGUAUGUCAGUGGACUGGUGGGCCCUGGGUUGUAGUAUCUAUGAGAUGGUGGCUGGCCAUUUGCCCUUUAAAGAACACAAAGAGAAAGUCCAGAAAGAAGAGGUAACCAGAAGAACUCUAGAAGAUGAGUGCAAAUUUGAACACAAAGGGUUUGACGCUCCCACCAAGGACAUCAUUAGUCUUUUUCUGAAAAAAAAUGUUGAAGACCGUCUUGGCUGCAUGUAAGUGGCAGAUGACCCUCGGAAACACGAGUUCUUCAAAUCUAUCAACUUCCCUCGACUGGAGGCGGGGCUCAUUGCACCUCCAUGGGUGCCCAAACCCAACGUUGUGUACGCUAAAGAUACAGGCGACAUCAAAGAAUUCUCAGAGGUCAAAGGGAUUGAACUUGAUGCCAACGAUGAGAAGUUUUUUAAAGAAUUCAGCACAGGGGCAGUGCCAAUUCCAUGGCAACAGGAGAUGAUUGACAGUGGACUUUUUGAUGAGCUAAAUGACCCAAACAGGAAGGAAUCAAAAGGAAGACUGGAGGAUGAUGAGAAACAAUCCAAAUCUUGCACUCUUCUGUGA